GUCCUCCAAUGUCCCCUGCUGCUCUCCCUCUCCAACGCGCCGCCGUCCUCUUCGGUCCCAGAGACCUUCGCAUCGAAGAACGCCCCGUAUGGCCUCCACAGCCCAACUGUGCACAGGUGGCAGUCAAGUCGACUGGUCUUUGCGGUAGUGACCUCCACUACUACCUCGAAGGACGCAACGGAGACUUUGCUCUCCAAGCUCCAUUGGUUCUCGGUCACGAGGCCGCUGGAGUCGUCACUGCGGUUGGUCCGGGCUCCAAUCUCGUUCCUGGACAGCGCGUAGCGAUAGAGGCUGGCAUUAUGUGCAAUGACUGCAACUACUGCAACUCGGGACGGUACAACCUCUGCAAAGGGCUUCGCUUCUGCAGCAGUGCGAAGACGUUCCCUCACCUCGAUGGGACUCUUCAGGACCGCAUGAACCACCCCGUUCAUGUCCUCCACCCAUUGCCAGACAGCUGCUCUUUUGAUCAGGCCGCACUCGCAGAACCACUCUCGGUUCUCAUCCACGCAUCCAGGCGUACAUCACUAAGCUCCGGCCAGUCCGUCCUCGUGUUUGGGGUUGGAGCUAUCGGCAUCCUGGCCUGCGCCCUCGCAAAGUCCCUUGGGGCUACUCGAGUGGUCGCUAUCGACAUCAAUGAGGACCGCCUCGCCUUCGCAAAGAGCAACGGCUUUGCCUCGCAGACGUACUGUCUGCCCAGAGUCGAGCGGGCAAAAACAUCCGAGGAGCAGCUCCGCAAGACAAAAGAUACCAUUCAAGCCGCACUUGCCGAGUUCGCCCAAGAAGACGGUUUUGAUGUCGUUUUUGAAUGCACAGGCGCGGAACCGUGCAUUCAAAUGUCCAUCCACGCUGCUGUUACCGGUGGCAAAGUCAUGCUUGUGGGCAUGGGCUCUCGCAACGUCAUGCUCCCUCUCUCCGCCGCCGCCCUCCGAGAAGUCGAUAUCCAAGGCUCCUUCCGUUACGCCAACACAUACCCCGAAGCCCUCUCCCUCCUUGCCUCUGGCAAGCUUAAAAACAUAGAGAAACUCAUCACCCACCGUAUCCCCCUCAACGACACCGCCCGCGCUUUCGAGCUUCUUGCCCGCGGCAAGGACGAAGACGGGAACAUGGUCAUCAAAAUCAUCGUCGGCGACUCAUGAACUGUUAUGACCAUACCUCCCCUAUAACCUAUAACGCACCAGAAACGACCUAUCACUAGAACACGGACUCUGCAGAGCGGUGCUCUUUUCCUCGCUCUCAUCAUUGCAUAUUUUUGGUUUUAUUUACGGGCUCAUAUGUAUCUUUAUUUACCCUUCACGCACAUCAUUCUCAUUAUCAACGUUGCAGCACUUCCCU